AUGGUCAAUAACUUCAGCCAGAGCCAGGUCAAGCUCCGUGACACGUGCGAAUCCUGCGCCGCGGCCAAGGUGCGAUGCUCCAAGGAGAAACCCGCGUGCUCUCGUUGCUCCAGCCGCGGCCUGAGGUGUGAGUAUGGUACGUCCCGGCGCAGCGGCCGAGCAUCUUCAAGUUCUCACAGCACGGCCGGUUACCAGCAGAAGAACCAGACCCAGACCCAGACCGCGAACGGCGACCGGUCCAAGUGCCCAAGUCAAAGUCAGUCACCCGGCGAGGGCAUGAUGCUCCGACCUGACGCGGUGGCCGUCAACCAAGACGAGUGGCUGGCGUCUCUCAUGGGCUUUCCGCCCGAUGAUCACGGGCCUGACACGUUCAACGACAUGAAUUCCGUCCCUAUGGAUGCAUCCAUGUCCAUGUCAACGACGUCGACCUCGAUCCAGGACAUGCCAGACUACCGCGAUCUCAUGUCGUAUCCCUUUGGCCCGGGCGGCGGCGACCCCCACACCAACACGACGACGAACACCAGCAUCGACGCCUUGUUCAACAUCAACGACCACGACCUCACGGCCAUGACGUGGGAGGGCCUCCAGGAACCGGAUCUGGACGGCCACGAUUGCCUGAGCAUCGCGCUGGACCUGUUCAAGCGAUGCAGUGCCACGGAUUCGUCCCCCACCACCUGUCCGCGCCGGCUGAGCUUCUCGCGCGAGACGCCGCCGCUGACGCUGGAGACGGUGGAUUCCAUCCACCAGCACAUGAUCGAGCCCUUGAGCAGGAUCCUGGACUGUAGCUGCAGCUCCAACGGCAGCCUGAUCACCAUCGUGUCGCUGGUCAUCUUCAAGAUCAUUGCAUGGUACGCUCGUGCCGCCAGUCUGUCACCGGCCGCCACCGCCGCCGGCCCUGGCAGCGGCCCUGGCAGCUCCGAGGGCAGCAGCAACAGCAGUAGCAGCAUGCCUCUUGACAGCCGCUUCUCGGUCACGGACCUGCUCGGCGCGUCGGAUUCCCAUGCCGGCUGCCGCGGUCUCAUGAACUGCACGGGCGCCGCAGGGGACAAGCGGGGCCGGGCCGCGGUGCGAGCCAUCCUCGAUGACCUCUACCGCGUGCAAGAUAUUGUCGACCGCUUCUCCGUCCGCGCCCAGACGGCCCGGCUGCAGGACAUGAAGGACGGCUCAGGCGCAGGCUCGGAUGCCAGGUACGGCCAGCACGGGUCGGGCGCGGCAGGGUCGGGCUCGGAUAUCCAGGCCGCCAUUUCUGGUCACCUGUUGCCACUGUCCAACACCUUGUCCGUACAGGUUCUCGCCGAGCUGCGCCGCCGGCUACGCGCGGUCUCGUUCGAGGUGGUGCAGACCUUACUACGAGGCUGCACCAAUUGCAAGGAACAAUCAUGA